CAGCUAUAUUUUUUAUCGGACUGCAAAUAACCAAAAUGAACUAUCCCACAUUUAAGAGACGCGCACACACCGGCGCAUCCAGGGAAUUAAUUCAAUAAUUCCAACGCUAAUCAUCGCCUGACGGUUCAAUCGCGCCUCGAGCUAACCACUCUCACGUGAGGGACGGAGCGAGACCGGCCCGGGAGCGUGACUGUCGCCGUCGAUGGAAAUUGGAUCUUCAAGGCCGCGUGCUUCUUCUGCUCAUUGUUUUCUUUGAGGCAACCUUACGUCUGGUAGCAUCUGGGACUUAUUACUCAGUCGUACAAGUGACAAGAUAAUUUCCACAGGACCGACUGUUUUCUAGCUAGACUUUCCGAAGUGAUAUUCUGUUACUCCUGCCUCGAUUUUUAUGAUGCUCGCGCAAUCUCGUUUCCUGGGAGGCUUCCUCCUGAUGGUGACGGCCGCCGUGCUGGUGCAUUUUCUUCGGAUAGGGAAGCUGCCUAAGAUUCCGUACUCGGCUUCCCCACACGCCGCCCUCCAAGCCACCAAGGCGCUUCUGCCGGAGGAGAAAGCGUUGCCAUGGUGGGAUGGGGGCGACUGCGGUUGCGAAGACGCCGUCCUCUGCCAUCCCAAAGAAGCUCCCAGACUCUCUUGGGAAGACGCGGGCGGCGCAUGCGGUCUGAGGGCGUGGGCGGCAGGCGAAGGGCAGAGAGUGAUUAGCUUUUCGCUGUAUGGGAACGAUGCCCAGUAUUGGAAGGCGUUUCGAAAGAACCUCGAUUCGAUGAAGACCAUGUUCCCCGGCUGGGCUGCGUGGGUGUACACUAAUCCUCGAGGCCGAGAAAAUGUCCUGUGUCCUCUUCUGCGAGACUACCCUUUCCUCUACAUCUGCGACGUCACCAACCUGCCUUCGCUCGGGGAUGUGACAUCCAUCCACAACAUGAUUUGGAGGGCGCUGCCCCUCGGCGAUGCAAAGCUCUCUGCCUUCUUCGUUCGAGAUUCCGACGCCCUCCUCCUGGAGCGAGAGGCAGAGGCAGUGAAGGAGUGGCUGUCGGAGAACAAGACCUUCCACGUGCUACGGGACCACCCUCACCACACCGCCCCCAUCAUGGGGGGGCUGUGGGGCGCGCGAUGGGACCACGUGGGGGCGCCAGCCAGACACUCGCUCGUGGCACUCAGAGACGCCAUUAUGCGGGUGGCGAGAGGGAGGUUCAGGAAAGGCGCCGACCAGCCGAUGCUGUGGGGGCGGCAGAGAAGUCGACCCCCUGCUUGUGAGGAGACCCUGCCCCGUGAAAUGCCGCCCAAAGAAUCAUCAGGAUUGGACUUAUUGCUGAUUUCAAUUUUCAGCGAAGAGUGUCUCCAUUUUUUGUGCUAAACUUUUUAAAUUUUAAGAUUAGUGAGCGCAAUUGAUACUGAUAAUGUUCAUUUAUAAUAUAGUGUCAUUAGCAUUAAUAAAUGGAGGAAUUAUGUGAAUCAGGCCAUUCGAAGACGGGAUCUCCUCUUCUCUAUGGAAUGUAUACGUCAUUAAUGUACACUUUUUGCUAUACAGAGGCAGUGGCACGUUUAAUACAGUUUCCUUGUUC